AUGUAAUACGUUCCUUUAACAGUUCAUUUGAAUGCUCUAGCCUAACUCUAUUAAUAAUGCGCCACUUUGUCUGAAAAACAUGAUCGACUAGCCAAAGGAUUGGACAUCUUUAAUGCAUAGGUUAAUCACAUUAAAAUUGCUCCUAUGUUCGAUUAAGAUAGAGUCUUGUAAGAGCAAAAUACUGAGGCUCCCUAAAUCUAAGAUCUUAAUUCUCAGAGACCCAAUUCUCUAUCUUCUAAUUGCAAGUCACCAGUAGAGAUUGAUUUGGUGACAGAUGAAGACAUUCAAAUUGAACAAGGAACCAAACCAAUAUAAAGUGAAACUAAAAAAAUUAAGAAAAUUAAAUAAAAUGUAGAUAGUUCUACAUUUUUGUAAUGUCCAGACUGUCAAAAGCACUGUAAAAAUUAGGCAGGCCUAAAAAGACAUCAAUCGAGAAUGCAUGCUGAUAAGCCUUUAAAGCAUGUGACUAAAAAAUUAUAAAACAAAAAACAAUAAGGUAAUAAUGUUCAAAACUGA